UAAUAUUGGCCUUGGGCUCGCCAGCCCUUUGGGUCUCCCAAUGGGAUCUUAGAAGCGGCGGCCGCGGAGUGAAGGGCCGCAGCCCGGGGCCAGUCGCUAUUUGGACGCUCAGCCCUGCAGCUCUUCUGGACCCAGGAGCCCAGAGCCCUGCCCUCGCCAGUCACCACCAGGUCACAGUUUUUAUCCACGUGAACAUACAUGGCUUUGUUACGAAAAAUUAAUCAGGUGUUGCUGUUCCUUCUGAUUGUGACCCUCUGUGGGAUUCUGUACAAGAAAGUUCACAAGGAGAAGGUGCUCAAGAAAGAAGCAGAGGAUGACUCCGAGACCCCUGAGGAGCUGGAAGAUGAGAUCCCCGUUGUGAUCUGUGCAGCGGCAGGGAGGAUGGGGGCCGCGAUGGCCGCCAUCAACAGCAUCUACAGCAACACCGACGCCAACAUUUUGUUCUAUGUAGUUGGGCUCCGGAACACUCUGUCGAGAAUACGAAAAUGGAUUGAACAUUCUAAACUGAGAGAAAUAAACUUUAAAGUCGUGGAAUUCAACCCCAUGGUCCUCAAAGGGAAGAUCAGGCCAGACUCGUCGAGGCCCGAGUUGCUCCAGCCGCUGAACUUCGUUCGGUUUUACCUGCCUCUGCUUAUCCAUCGGCAUGAAAAAGUCAUCUAUUUGGACGAUGAUGUCAUUGUACAAGGUGAUAUCCAAGAACUUUAUGACACCACCCUGGCCCUGGGCCACGCGGCCGCCUUUUCAGAUGACUGCGAUUUGCCCUCGUUUCAGGACAGGCACAGGCUUGUGGGGCUGCAGAACACGUACAUGGGCUACCUGGACUACCGCAAGCAGGCGGUGAAAGACCUCGGCAUAAGCCCCAGCACGUGCUCCUUCAACCCGGGCGUGAUGGUGGCCAACAUGACCGAGUGGAAGCAGCAGCGCAUCACCAGGCAGCUGGAGCAGUGGAUGCAGAGAAACGUGGAGGAAAAUCUCUACAGCAGUUCCCUGGGAGGAGGGGUGGCCACCUCCCCAAUGCUGAUCGUGUUUCAUGGGAAAUACUCCACAAUCAACCCCCUGUGGCACAUAAGGCACCUGGGCUGGAGUCCAGAUACCAGAUAUUCGGAGCAUUUUCUGCAAGAAGCAAAAUUACUCCACUGGAAUGGAAGACAUAAACCUUGGGACUUCCCCAGCGUUCACAACGACUUAUGGGAAAGCUGGUUUGUUCCUGACCCUGCAGGGAUAUUUAAACUCAAUCAGCACAACAGCUGAUAUAACUUGAAAUUUUAGAUAUUUCCUGUAUAAAAACGUGGAACUGUC